CUGCUGUUAAUUUUGCUUCGUAUGCAUAUUUUGGUAUUCAUGAAUAUUCUUUCUAAAUGCUUACCUUCACAUUCUCAGGCUUUCCAAGUACUGCCAGAGUAUUUACAACUUUUAGAUAGUUUAUCAGACCUUUGGGCUGUGCAAGAGAUGAGCCUUUAUGUUGAGGUUUGGUUGGGGAAGACUCUUCAGAAGUUGGAUUCACUUCUAUUAGAAGUGUGCCAGGACUUCAAAGAGGAUGGCUAUCUCACUGUGAUUGAUGCAUAUGCUUUAAUUGGUGAUGUUCCUGGUCUAGCUGAAAAAAUACAGAGCUUCUUCAUGCAGGAGGUUCUCUCUGAAAGUCACUCAGCCUUGAAGACCAUUCUGCAAGAGGACGUUGAAAAUCCCAAUCCCCAAAUUACCAGGUUGACAUACAGUGAUUUGUGCACCCAAAUACCAGAGUCAAAGUUUAGGCAGUGUUUACAAGCAACACUAGCUGUUCUCUUUAAGCUGAUGUGCUCUUACUACAUAAUUAUCAACUUCAAACUUGAAGACAAAGUGUCAUCAUGCCAUAACCCAAGUGGUGAUGAACAUGGUAUGCUAUCUGGGGUCUCUGAGAGUACUGCCCAAAAAGUUUCUUCUACUUUUCUGGCAGAAGAAGGCUCAGUUACUGCAUCAACUGAGAGAGGAUCUCGUUUGUCAUCAGUGGAAGUAAGUUCGGCAUCUGUAACAGAUACUGAAGGAACCCAUGGCCCUAUACUCAACGAUCAUCCAACUGACGGGGGAAGAGAUGAUGGAAGUGAAGCAUCAAGUAGCGGGUCCCCAUGGUUCUUUCUGCGAAAAGAUGCUGUGACGUGUGUUUCACUUGCCUUACAAAGAGGAUGUAGGAACCUCUGGCAGCUUAUCACAAGCCGUAUAUCAGUUUUGCUUUCAUCUUCAGCAGCUUCUUCUACUAGCAUUCAUCAAUUCUUAAGAAACUAUGAAGAUCUAAGUAUAUUCAUUUUGGCUGGGGAAGCUUUUUGUGGGACUGAGGCUAUUGAGUUUCGCCAGAAGGUUAAAUCCAUUUGCGAAGGCUAUUUUGUUGCAUUCCAUCGUCAGAGUAUUUACGCCUUAAAGAUGGUCCUGGAGAGGGAAACUUGGCAGAUUUUGCCACCAGACACAGUCCAAGUAGUUAGUUUUCCAGGAUUAGUUGGUGAUGGAGCAGCUCUCCUUGUUUCAUCUGUCUGUUCUCCCCGUGCAAAAUUGCUACAUGACAGUAAAACAGUUGGAGUAGCUAGUGGGUCAAAGAAGGGUGGAUUUUCAUAUUGGCUUGAAAAUGGCAAGCUGUUUUUGCCAAAAGUGAGUGGCAGUUCUGAGGAGCAUUCCAACUCCUUCCAGUCCAACGAUUUGGCCACACAAGGAUCAGAAAAUACUAAUAUGAUACCCAGGCAAACUAAAUCUUCCUUUGACUUUGACGCAAACCAUGUUAAUGGGACUAUCCCUGAAGAAGAAAAUGAGGAUCUCCAUGCAGAUUUUAUUGAUGAAGAUAGUCAGCUUCCGAGUCGUAUUACCAAACCCGGUCAUUCAAGGCAUAGCUCGUUACGUGGGAACAAGGAUGAUUCGAUGGCACAAACAGGAUCCUCCCUUAGCGUCCUGAGAUCGAUGGACAAAUACGCACGGUUGAUGCAGAAAUUAGAGAUUGUCAAUGUUGAGUUGUAUAAGGGAAUUUGCCAAUUGUUUGAGAUCUUUUUCUACUUUGUGUUUGAGACAUUCUGUGAGCAUAAUACUCCAACUAUUGCUAAACGCACCAAUGGUUCUAUUCCUCACAAGGUAAAGACUGCAAUAGCAAGAAUUUCACAAGAGUGUGACCAGUGGAUAAAACAUCAACCAGUAUCAACAUCUUCAAAUCCAUCAUUAACACAUGUGGAUGUUACCCCUACCAGUCCUCCCAGUCACGUGAAUCAUUCGUCUUUCGGACUGAAGGAAAGAUGUGCUGGGGCUGACACUAUAUCUCUUGUUGCUCAAUUAUUGCAUAGAUCCAAAACGCAUCUGCCGUCGAUGCUUCCACGCAAAUAUGGAGCACUAGUGGAGGACUUCUAUUUUCACAUGGUUGAUGCUGUGCCUGAUCUUACUCAGCUCAUUCAUAGAACAACGGCAAAAUCGCUACUGCAUAUCAAUGGGUAUGCUGAUCGUAUUGCCAGUUCUAAAUGGGAGGUGAAAGAGCUUGGAAUGGAGCAUAAUGGGUAUGUUGAUUUAUUAUUGGGUGAAUUUAAGCACUACAAAACAAGGAUUGCUCACGGGGGUAUUCGGCAAGAGGUUCAAGAUCUCCUCCUAGAAUAUGGAGUUGAAAAUGUUGCUGAAACUCUGAUCGAGGGCCUAUCUAGGGUGAAGAGGUGUACUGAUGAAGGACGGGCACUCAUGUCACUGGAUCUUCAGGUUCUAAUAAAUGGCCUAAAGCAUUUUGUCUCAAUUGAUGUACAGCCAAAAUUGCAGAUAGUAGAAACUUUCAUCAAGGCAUACUACCUUCCAGAAACCGAGUAUGUCCACUGGUCGCGUGCUCAUCCGGAAUAUAGUAAGAGUCAAAUAGUGGGGCUUAUCAACCUGGUGGCAACCAUGAAAGGCUGGAAAAGAAAAACCAGGUUGGAGAUCAUAGAGAAGAUAGAAUGAUGUUACGUUUUCGGUGUUGUAUUCCUUGAAAAGUUUUGCAGUCUUUUUCACGAAUUUUUGUAUUUAUAUAUAUGAUCAAUCCAGUUACUCGGAUUGAACACUGCACAAUUUUUAUAGGAUCCAAUUGAGGUUGUAUGUGUGUAAUAUGUAAUAUAUUUUCUGCCUGAUCAAUGGUAAGGAUUUGUAUAUUUGAAUCAAAGACUAGGCCCAGUUGAUAA